UUUUGGACAGUUUAUUGCUCAUGACAUUUCUGGUGUCAUGGGACAAACAGAUGGGUCUGGGCAAAGUUUCUUGUGCUGCUCAAGUGGAAGACCAGUGAAUGUCAGAAUCCAACAUCCAUCUUGUGAGAACAUCAUCAUACCACAAGAUGAUGAGUUCUACUCAAGGUUCAGGUUGGACUGUCUCAAUUUUGUCAGGUCACAAGUGGCUCCAAAGCUAUCUUGCACAGCAGGCCAUCAAGAUCAACUCAAUACCCUUACCUCAUACUUGGACAUGUCACAAGUUUAUGGCAACACUGACAGAGCAGCUGGUUUUGGGAGACAAUUUAUGGGAGGAAGGUUGAAAUCUUCUUUUGUGAAUGGAAGACACCUGUUGGCAGUUGCACCAGGAAGUGGAGACUGUGGUGACACAAACAUGCCAUGCUUUGUAACAGCUGGUGAUUCCAAGGUGAAUAUGAUUCCCAGCACAACAGCAAUGCACUUAUUAUGGGACAGAGAACAUGACAGAAUAGCCAUGGAACUGCAAAAACUCCACCCAACUUGGAGUGAUGAAAGAGUGUUCCAGGAAGCCAGGAGGAUCACUGUUGCAAUCUACCAACACAUAUUCCUCAAUGAAUACAUCCCUACAAUUUUUGGGGCAGAUAUCAUCCAGAAGUACAACUUGGAUGUCAAGCCAGGUGGAAAUUACUCAUGCUACUACAACAAAGAAGUGAAUCCAACUGCAUCCAAUGAGUUUAGCGCUGCAGCUUUCAGAUUUGGGCAUUCACAAGUCCCUGACUUCUUUUUAUUAUUUGAUGACUUGGAGCUGGCAGAUGAAUUAGUUGGAGUCCACAAGACCUUCAUGAAACCCGGCCCGCUGAUUUAUGAUGGAAAAAGGUUCACAAAGUUCGUCAGAGGCCUGAUGUUGCAGCCAGCACAGCAAGUGGACAACUUCGUCUCCAACGCACUAACAACUCAGCUACUUAGAGGCCCUAAUGGGGCAUUUGGAGGGGAUCUAAUCGCAAUCAACAUCCAAAGAGGGCGUGACCACGGGUUGCCUCCAUACAUAGACAUGCUGGAGGCAUGUGGGUUACCCAAGCCCAAGGGUUUCGCAGACUUGGAACCGCUCAUGGGCCCAGUGAAAGUGAACGCGUUGUCGAGAAUUUAUGCUGACGCAGCCGACAUAGACUUGUACGUUGGGGGACUGUUUGAAAACGCAUCAAAGGACUCUGUCUUCGGACCUACAUUCGCCUGUAUUAUUGGGGACCAGUUCCAGAGAUCCAGAGCAGGAGACAGGUUCUUCUAUGACAAUGCGCCUGGGGGCAUGUGUGGGGCCAACAGCACUGGGAACCCAGCCCCCUUUACACAGAGGGUCAAACAGCACCAAACACUCAGACUCUUGGUCCAACACAAGGGGGCCAGUUUCAACCUCAGCCAACUGCACAAGGUGCUGAUCCCUCACAGAGAACACAAUUUCAAACAAAUCAGAAUACAUCACCAAGCUCUGGAUUUGGUUUCCAGCCACAACCUGGGUCUUUUGGGCUACAAAAUGCUACAGCAAGUGCAAACCAGCAGCCAACAAGGACUGCACAAAGUGCUCAAUCAAUUGGUCAACAACAGCAAGGAGCACCAACUAAAUCCAGUGGACAACAAGAAUCACUCCUGA